AUGCACCGCCUGGCCCGCCAUGGCAGGCCGUCGACACGCAAGACUGCCAUCUCGCCGCUCUCUCUCCCCUCACGCCUCCUCCCGAGCCGUCGAAGCCGCUUCUCCACCGACGCCGCCUCUCACGACGGCAACCGAACCCAGGUCUACGUCUCGCGGUCGCGAGAUCCCCUCCUCAACCUCUCGGUCGAGCAUCACCUCCUCCAGGUCACGCCCCCCGAGUCCACGGUGCUCCUGCUCUACGUCAACGCGCCUUGCGUCGUCGUCGGCCGCAACCAGAAUCCCUGGCUCGAGGUCAACCUGCCGCGCCUCGCCCGCAUUGCCCAGAGGCCUGCCGGCACGUCCUGGACGGAUGGGCCUGUGCAGCUCGUCCGCCGCCGGUCCGGUGGCGGAACCGUCUUCCACGACGCGGGCAACGUCAACUUUAGCGUCAUAUGUCCGCCCGCUGCCUUUGAUCGGGACAAGCAUGCCGAGAUGGUUGUCCGUGCGUUGAGAUCGCUCGGUCGACCGGCCACCCGCGUCAACGAGCGACACGACAUCGUCAUCGAUCUCGACUCGGCACAGGUGCCCGCGAGCACCUUCAAGGUCUCCGGCUCGGCGUAUAAGCUCACACGCCUACGCUCCCUCCACCACGGAACGUGCCUGCUGCGGAGCCCCAACCUGUCCAGCAUCUCCGCCAUGCUGCGGUCCCCCGCCGAACCGUUCAUCAAGGCUCGUGGCGUCGAGAGCGUGAGGAGUCCGGUGUGCAAUCUGGAUCUCGACAACGAACCCUUUCGCCACGCCCUUCUCGACGAGUUCGUCAAGAUGCACGGACAUGUCGAUCUGCGAGCCGAGUUUGACGACGACGCCUUGGCCGUCGACAAGAUCAGGGCCGGAUAUGACGAACUGCGGUCGAGGAGUUGGACGUACGGGCAAACCCCGCGAUUCACCUUUGACACUCAUCCGUCGGAGAGCCCCCGGCGGCGGCCUCUGCCACCCUUUGACCUCAAGAUUCAUUUCGACGCCCGCCACGGCGUGCUCGAAGACUUUGGCAUCGAAGGAGCCGAGGUCGACACGGCGUCGCUGGCCCAACUUUCGCUCCACGACGUUGGCGACUGGGUGCAUCAGCUGGCUCAGGCUGGCCUCGGAGAUGGUGACGCAACGCGCGUUGGUACUUGGAUGAACGAGGUGCUGGGUACUGCCUUUACCAAGCCUGAUGCCUAG